AUGAAUUCCAACACCAUGUCCCCCACUGCUGGUUCUGAUGUGGUUCGAGAAGGAACAACAGUAGACAACAAAGAUGAUUGCCUAACAUCUGUCCCAGAUACAAAGCCUUCUGAAGGUUUUAAGGAAUCUGGGACAGUAUAUCACAGGCAAUCCGAUUCUGCGCUUCCAAGUUUAUCUUCCUUGGAAACACAAGCAACUCUUCAGUACAACUCUAGUUUACCUCAUUCAAAAUCAAUAGAUUAUUCAUAUGACAACGACAAGAAGCCUCUAUAUAGCCCAUUGUAUAAUGUUCAAAACCCAUAUGAAAACGAUCAAUACCUAGGAUCAGUUGACCACUCUAAGCUUGUUCAACAAUCCUCUAUAGACUCACAAUCUUCACAAAGCGUAAAUUUUGUAAAACAAACACCAGAGGACCAGGAAAAGUUCCAACGCGAUCUCCAGGACCCAAAUGGAAAGAAACAGGCCGACCCUGUUACUAAUUAUCUUAACCCAGUAUACUGUCCAGAGGGACUAGUUCAACCUCAGAAUAAAGUAGUUGCAGUAAACCCAGUUAUAUUAGUAGAUAAGGUGGAACGAUCACUCAUAGUACAAUGGUAUGAAAACUCAGUUAAAAGAGAACAACGAAUUUCUUACAAGAAGUAUGGUAACGCUAAAGCUCAACAAAGAGCAGAAGGAUUAAUAAGCAAACUCUUGGCAGGAUCAACCUUCGACCAACUUUACCCAGAAAAGGGACCGCCAAUACUUACCAUUUUUGAGAACGUAGGUAAAUCCAUGGUCUCGCUCACCAGAGACAGGAUUAUAAGAGAGUGGAGAGUUGAUUGGCUGAAUAGCAAUGGGUCAAAAAUGAGGGCAAGAUGGUCAUGUAAGAAGGUAGGUAACGAAGAAGCCAGGAAGAGAGCAGAGACAUUUGCCUACAGUUUAAUCCAGGGAACCUUUAACCCCCGCCUCCUGCACAAAGCUACAGGAACAAGGCUCUCAAAAAAUGACAUGAAAUACAACGCAGUAGUAUCAGGCCUAGACUCCCAAAUGGAUUCUAAGGCAAUAAACCAACUAAGUGAAUCAAAUUGGCAAAGCUCAGAGGGUACAACUAAGAGAAGGACAAAGAAAAGGUCAGUCAAAAGUUCAGAUCAGAAGAAAGGACGGUCAAGGAAGCGCAAUCUAAGCACAUACACUGACGUUAACGCAUCCAACUCUUUGGGCACUGCUAACUUGAGUUCAAAUCUUUUGAGUACCGGCGCAAGCACAAACACGCCUCUUGCAACUAACACUCUUUCCGCCAAUCUUUCGAAUACUUUCAACCCCAAUUCAAACCCCAACAGCGACAUGCCUCAGUAUAUGAACUCACACUGUUACCCAUACAUGAAUAUGGUCCAAGAUCCCAGCUUUUCCACCAACCCACCCAGCUUUUACCCCAUGUACCAGGAAGAGUGUGAGUCCUCAACAUCAGUAAACCAACAAUUAGACCCAAACAGCGCAUACGCAACGUCAAUGCUACAACAGAACUGGAUGGACUGGACUAACUCUAACAAUAUGCAAAAGGUCAUGCCAUACGGUCAGGAAUGGGAUUACACAGCCAAUUCUGCAAUGGUUGAUUACCCGUUCUAUCCACAACAAGCAAACUCUGGAUUGCAAGGUCCCAACACAAAUAUGUCUUCAAACAUGACCUGGGAUCCACUAAAUAAUUACACAAACCUGAACAUGUAUAUUCAUCAAAAUGAACUACAAACGGGAAGAGAAUUCGAAGAACAAACUGAUUCCAGAAUGGCAAACCAAUAUUUCGGAUACUACGGAGGCGAUCAAUCAUUUGGAUUUCAGGAAAACAUUCUAAACCAAGACCAGAUGAUGAUGGGUUGCUAUUACAACUAUCCAAAUACCAUGAGGAUGGAUGCGAACCCACAGUGGCCCGAGGAAAACAAAGAUUACACCAAAUUCAACAAGGACUUCAACGUUGAAUACAACAAAGACUAUAACGAGGAAGUUAAAAAUGAGGAGCCUAACUCAGAAAAGAACAUGUCGCAAGUCACAACCCUGGCAAACUACAAAAACAUUACAGGCACCAGCAUAUGUAACGAGCUUCCUCCACAAAACCUUUCAGUGUCUACAAGAAUGUACACAACUGACCAUUACGGCUACGUCAAUUCAGAUCUGGGAGAUGUUAAACAGGAAGAUUCCACACUCAACUACUUUUCAAACGAACUCGAGGACCCUCUCCUCCAGUCCCAAGGGAUGCCAUCUCACCCCCUGAACAUUAAGAAAUCCGAGUGUUCCGUUUACCAAAAAGAUAAAUUCCAAGAGUCAUACGACAGCGUAACCUACCGUGAAGCUGAAGAUCCUGUAAAAUAUUAUAACAUGUAA